AACAAUAAUUACAAAUAACAACAUUUCAUAAUGGCUCCCCCAACUGUUCUGGUAACCGGAGGAGCUGGUUAUAUUGGCUCGCACACUGUUUUGGAGAUGCUCAAUGCUGGCUAUAAUGUCGUCUGUGUUGACAAUCUUUGUAAUGCCUACAGUUCCGGUACAGCUAAAUUACCCGAAGCCUUGAAUCGUGUCCAAGAGAUAACCGGAAAGAAGGUUCACUUCUAUCGUGUCGAUAUAACAGAUCGUGAACAAGUGCGUUCUGUUUUUCAAGAGCAUAAAAUUGAUAUGGUUGCACAUUUUGCUGCCCUCAAGGCGGUCGGUGAAUCAUGUCGUAUUCCAUUGCAAUAUUAUCACAACAAUAUGACGGGGACAAAUGUUCUACUUGAAGCAAUGGCUGAUAACAAUGUCUUCAAAUUUGUUUAUAGUUCCAGUGCUACUGUCUAUGGUGAGCCACAAUUUUUGCCCGUCACCGAAGAACAUCCUGUGGGCAAUUGUACAAGUCCAUAUGGUAAAACCAAAUACUUUACCGAAGAAAUUCUAAAAGAUUUGUGUAAAUCUGACAAGCGUUGGGCUGUCGUCUCCUUGCGUUACUUCAAUCCCGUUGGUGCUCAUCCCAGUGGACGCAUUGGCGAGGAUCCUAAUGGUGAACCCAAUAACUUAAUGCCAUACAUUGCCCAAGUUGCUGUUGGUAGACGUGAUUGUUUGCAGGUAUACGGCUCAGAUUUCCCAACCAAAGAUGGUACUGGUGUACGUGAUUACAUUCACAUAGUUGAUUUGGCCGAAGGUCAUGUCAAGGCAUUAGAUAAAUUGCGCAACUUAGCCGAAACUGGUUUCUUUGCCUAUAAUUUGGGCACCGGUGUUGGCUAUUCCGUCUUGGAAAUGGUCCAUGCAUUCCAAAAAGCCUCAGGAAGAAAUAUAAAUUAUAAAUUAGUUGAUCGUCGUUCGGGUGAUGUGGCAACAUGUUAUGCUGAUGCCAGCCUGGCUGAAAAGGCCUUGGGUUGGAAAGCGACUCGCGGUGUAGAUGAAAUGUGUGUCGACACAUGGCGUUGGCAAAGCAAUAACCCCAAUGGAUAUGCCGUCAAAUGAU